AUGGCGGCGGCCUCCAGCACCGGUGGACAGGUGAGCGGAGCGGCGGCCUUUUCCUUCACCCCGCCCCGGCGCUCCGCCAGCUCCCGCACUGCUCCGCCGGCGCCCGCCAGCGCUCUGCACCGCGGCCGCCCCUUGCGCGGCCCCUCGCAGCUCGGCCGCCCCCGCAGCGCCCCCGGCCCAGCCCCACAGGCGGGCGGCGCCGGCCUCUCCCCCCUCUCUCUGCCCGGCUCGGGUGCGGAGAAGGAGGGGGGGAAGUUCGGCACUGCGAACCGAGUGAAGGCCAUAUGUCCUGUUUACUGUCAGGCAAUAGAAAACCAGCUGAAGAUCUGUGGCUUUAAGAGGAAUGUGGAUGUCUUUGUGCUGUAUCUGGCUGGACAAGAAUUAAGAAGUGUCCCAAGUCUAUCACAGUUUCGUAGGUUAAGGUAUUUGUGGAUUAACAAUAAUAAGGUAAUAAGGAAUUCCUUUAAAGAGCAGAACAGUAUUCAAGAUUUAACUUUUUUGAGCAAGAACUACUGUUUGACUGAACUCUAUCUCCACAAUAAUGAACUGACAGAUAUCUCAGGUGCUCUGAAACACUUAUGUGUAUUACAGAUUCUGUUGCUUCACAACAACCAGUUAAUAUCACUUGACAGAACAACGAAGGAACUGAAAGGAAUUAAAAGCUUGCAGACUCUAAACCUAUUCCAUAACCCUCUGGCACAAGACACAGGCUACCGGCUUCAUGUGAUAUACUUCCUUCCUUCAGUACAGCUCCUUGACAGGAAGUCAGUUACACAAAGAGAAAGGGAGUCAGCGUUUCAUCAGUAUGACUCUGAAAGGUCUCGUAUUGUGCAGUCGAUAGCUUUUGGAAAGAGAAUAAAUUCGCCCAUGAGUACUGCAGUGGGAUCUAGCAAAUGGACUCAACCAACCAGAAAAUUGAUGAUGCCCUCAGAUUGUAAAUUUGGAAAUCAGACAAAUAAAGUACCAUUUGAGAACCUUGAAGAUGCUGUUUCAGCAAGGGCAAUGAGAAGAUCUCUAAUGGAAUUUUCCACUGUUGACUGGAACACAGUAGGCACCUGUCAAGAACGACAUCGUGAAAGGAAAGCAGCACCCCAUGAGAGGCUGACUGUCCAAUUCAGAUGA